CGGCGAAGAAGAAGAAGAGCAUCACAACAAUGACGGUAAAAGCAUUGACGCAGAUCUCCUCUGCCGGCCGUAAUGGCGUCGGCGCAUUCGUCUUGCAGUGCAAGAAGUUGGACAUCCACUACAGUGACUGGGCCGGCAGCUCCCGGGGCAUGAACGGCUUCAUCAAAUCCCUCCUCCCCAAAUUCGCCGCCGCCAACCCGCAAAUCGAGUUUGUCGUCUCUCCCCGGCCCGCCAAGCACCCGAUCCUCAUGGGCCACUACAUCAACGGGCGCACCAAGGCCAUUUGCGUGCGCAACAUGGAGCCGCUCGAGGUCCUCAAGAAGGCUGAGCUCCUCCGCGACGCGAGCGGCGAGAAGCCCCAGAAGUUCAAGAAGCCCGUCACCAGCACGAACCCCAGUGUGAGAGGCGUCUGGUCGCCUUACCAUGGGCAGGGUAUGGCUGUAUAAAGAGGGUUGGUUGGUUGGGAGGAGCAGGUGCUGGUGCUGGAUUGGAUUGGUGCUGGACUGGACUGAUGCUUGACCGGUGUUGGCUCGGUUCAGUACCAGGUGGAUUGUAUAUACCAUGUUCAAUGUAUGAAUAUGAAUUAAGGACAUGAAAAGGGUUUCUGGAUGUAUCAAGGGUUUCGGUUUGGCUACAUGGUUGUGAUCAAGUCCUUCCAGAGCUAUCGAGUUCCCAUGAUGAGUUGCCCCAGUUCC